AUGGAAGAUCUCAAGAAACACCAGGUGAUCCACUCAGAGGGAAAACCAUUUCAGUGCUCUGAUUGUGGAAAGAGUUUUAGUCACACAGGGAGCCUCAACAGACACAAGAGGAUCCAUUCAGGGGAAAAACCAUUUCAAUGCUCUGAUUGUGGAAAGUGUUUUCGUGAAAAUUGUUACGUCAAGAAACACAAGAGGAUCCAUUCAGGGGAAAAACCAUUUCAUUGUUCUGAUUGUGGGAAGAGUUUUAGUCAAAUGAGCAAUCUCCGCCAACAUCGGAUGUCACACUCUGGGGGAAAACCAUUUCAGUGCUCUGAUUGUGGAAAGUGUUUUAGUCGCACUCACGACCUCAAGAGACACAAGAGGAUCCAUUCAGGGGAAAAACCAUUUCAAUGCUCUGAUUGUGGAAAGCGUUUUAGUCACACUGGCAGCCUCAAGGUACACAAGAGGAUCCAUUCAGGGGAAAAAACAUUUCAUUGUUUUGAUUGUGGAAAGAGUUUUAGUCAAAUGAGCACUCUCCAGCAACACCGGAUGAGACACUCUGGUGAAAAGCCAUUUCUGUGCUCUGAUUGUGGAAAGCGUUUUAAUCACACUGACGACCUCAAGAGACACAAGAGGAUCCAUUCAGGGGAAAGACCAUAUCAAUGCUCUGAUUGUAGAAAGAGUUUUAGUCAAAUGGGCAGUCUCAAGAGACAUCAGAGGACACACUCGGCAGUAAGUGUCCAGACUCCAGCACCACAGCAUUAUCUUCAUUCUUCCCCUACUACUUGUCAGAGGCAGGACCCAGGUCUUCCCAACGUGGCCUCAACCUGCCUGUGUAGCAUGAAGAACCUCUCCCCCGUGGCCUCAACCUGCCUGUGUAGCAUGAAGAACCUCUCCCCCGUGGCCUCAACCUGCCUGAGUAGCAUGAAGAUCCUCUCCCCCGUGGCCUCAACCUGCCUGUGGAGCAUGAAGAACCUCUCCCCCGUGGCCUCAACCUGCCUGUGUAGCAUGAAGAACCUCUCCCCCGUGGCCUCAACCUGCCUGUGGAGCAUGAAGAACCUCUUCCCCAAGCCUGAUGGUACGGCCGCACUGCUGAGCCAGCUCGGACCCCUAAAGUUUUUGGGGGAAUUUCAGUCUGCCUGCAGAAGUUUUUCGUGGGCAUCAGAACAACAUGAGCCUCAAACCAGUCCAGACGCUUGGCAUCAUGGCACGCGGAGGACUAACUGCUCCAAGGGUCGACGUCAUGUUGUUCACUUCUGCAGCUCAGUGAGCCUCUCCACUGGGGCCUUUGGUUGA